AUGUUCCCUGCUGAGGGGGGAGGAGGGGUAAUGUUUUGGUGACGCACGUGGGCUGCGGCGGGACGCGAGAUGAGUGAGUUCAGUCUGCGGCGGCAGGCCCGGCUGCGGCGGGAGUACCUCUACCGCAAGAGUAUCCAGGACCGCCAUGCCGCCGUCCAGAAGAGGAAGGACACGAUCAAGGCCUCCAUGAAAGAGGGCAAGGAAAUUCCCACGGCCCUGCAGGAGAAGGCCCUGGCCCUGAUGGAAGCCGGGGACUGGGAUGACCCUGGACCACAGCUGGCAGUGGAGCUUGGCGGGGAGGCUGCCGGCGGACCCACCAACAUUGAUGAUGAGUACAGGUGGGCGGGUGUUGAGGACCCCAAGAUUAUCGUCACCACCUCCAGGGACCCGUCCUCCAAGCUGAAGCAGUUUGCCAAGGAGAUGAAGCUUCUGUUCCCAAAUUCUCAGCGCAUAAACCGCGGUAACUAUGACAACAAGCAGCUGAUGGCAGCGUGUCGCUCCAACGAUGUCACAGACUUUGUUGUGGUCCAUGAGACGCGAGGAAACCCUGACGCCCUGGUGGUGAGUCACCUGCCCAACGGCCCCACUGCCUACUUUACCCUGGCGGACGUGGUGAUGCGGCACGACAUCCCUGGCCUGGGCACCAUGUCUGAGCAGUUUCCACAUCUCGUCUUCCAUAAUUUCAAAUCCCCUCUCGGGGAGCGGACUCGCAACAUCCUCAAGUACCUGUUCCCGGUGCCCAAGGACACCAGCCAGCGGGUCGUGUCCUUUGUCAACUGGGAUGACUGGAUCUUGUUCCGCCAGCACACCUUCAAGAAAGUCAACGAAGGGAAGGACCACGAGCUUACAGAGAUUGGUCCGCGCUUCAGCAUGAAACUGUACCGCAUCAUCAUGGGCACGAUGGACCAGGAUGGGGCAGCAGACUUGGAGUUUGUGCUGCGGCCGUACAUGAACACAGCAAGGAAGCGAAGGUUUAUGUCUGAGGAGGACCCUUGGUGAACCCUGAACUACUGGAUAGAUGGAUGGAUAGAUAGAUGGAUGAAUGGAUGGAUGGAUAGAAGGUUGACUUGUGCACUGAAGAACUGGCUGGUGUAGUGACUGGUGGACUCAAGGACUGAAGUACUGGCUUGCUGGUGGGCUGCAUCACUCAAUACUUGUCUGUCUGCCUGCCUGCUUAUUUAGGUGGCUAUUGACCAAGUAAGUGGCUGGUUGAACUCUUUGCUGGCUGCUGGGAUGACUGACUGACUUACACUCACUCACUCACUGUGGUGGUGGGUUGGCUUGGAAACUUGUUGAUUAAGUGACUCACUGACAGGCAAGCUGACUGACUGACUGAUUUGCUGACUGUUAAAUGUGUGAAGGAAGUGAGUGUGGUCUUGUUUGAGAGAUUGUGACACUGGUGUGUGGCUGUGGCUGUGUCAUGUGACCCUGACACCUGUAUGACCCCUGCCACUGCUGUGCUGGUCAUGGCACUGUUCUGUGCCUCAUGACACCACUAUGCUGGAAUUAUUUAAUGUUGUGUAUUUGUUAGUGUUUGGAGAAUAAUGGUGUUGUGUCACUGCUGUGUGUGUUGCUGACACUGCACUCACACUCAGGCAGGCAGACAGACAGACAAAGUUUUGUGUUGCUGAAUCAGGGAACACCAGUUUACUGAGA